AUGCAUGAAUCGGAGCUGAACUAUGAGGAAAUCGCUGGAACACCACAUCACAUUGAAGAAGAUGAGGAGAUCGAGAUUGAUGCGGUACCAUAUCUAACUAGAGCCGAUUCGAUUGAUGAUGAGCUGGAAGAGGACAUGAAUUUGAUAUCAACCGUUCGUCGCCGAGAGAACGAACACGAGACUGAGAGAAACGCCGCCCGAGAAGCUCUAUUUGAAUCUUCCGAUACGGCGAGUCGGAAACGAUACCGAAUGAUUAAACGGUCACCCGCCUCGGUGUAUCACUGUAAAGAGUGCGAUAAAACCUUCAAACAUCCGUCAAAGAUCAAAGAACAUCUACGGGUGCACACUGGCGAGAAGCCCUUUGCUUGCCCGAUUUGCCCAGCCCGUUUCACUCAGGGACACCCAUUGAAGGUUCAUCUUCGAACGCAUCGUGGUGAGCGCCCGUUCAAAUGCACAUUUUGCGAGAAAUGCUUCGUUUCGCUAAAUCUUCGAAAAGCGCACGAAAAGAUACACCAGAGGAUUGUCGAGGAUGCGGAAAUGAUGCUGAUGGAAGAGGAAUUCUAUGGUUUGCCCACGAUUUUGCCUAAUGAAGCACAUAUGCCCGAGACUGAAGAAAGUACGCAGAUUUUUAUGUGCCCACUCCCUCGAUGUGGAUACAUUAACGCCGAUCCAUCACAGGUUGAAGCGCAUCUCGAUCACGGACAUUCACAUCAGGUCGUGAUCUCCGAUAAAAGUUGGCAAGAAUGCGUUGACGGAGGAGAGGAUUUUAUUGUUUGUGACAACUCUGCUUCACAAGACGAUCAACGCUUGUUGAAUAUUGGUGAAGAGGUGACGGUGAUGUCCCAGGAAAUCGACGAUCCGUCCUUUCAUCCAUCAUCAUCAUUUGAAAGUCAAAAGAUUAAACAAUCGAGAAGUGACGAGAGUGCGAUUUGCAGUGCCAAUGACGGUUAUUCGGAAUUUGAGGACCAUGUUGUUUUAGAGGAAUUCAUCCCAACUACGGCUUCCGGAUUUGGCGAUAUGUCGAAUGUGCUUUUCAAGCAAGAACAUUCAUCAAAUGACGAGGAAGAAGACGGUGAAGAAGACGGUGAAGAAGACGGUGAAGGACCGUCGACGGGAAUUCGUUUAUAUAUCGACCCCAGCCCAGCACCACGAGGCCAAGGUCGAAAAACGGGCACUCACUUUCAGAAGUUAGAAGAGGUGACACUGGACACCGCCUACGUGGAAAUGGUGAGUCCGGCGGAGGUAUCGACAAGAAACAAAGGCGAUUAUAAACCGGCUCGCAAUUUGGAUUGGAUCAUCGAGGCGGUGGCUCGUGGACAAGAUGUCGACUCAGCAAGCCCACAUCAUCGACGGAAGCCGACGACCUGGUUUUGUAAGACUUGCGAGCGAGUGAUCAAGUAUCCGAGUCGAAUUGAGGCUCAUCGUCAAAUGCACGCCGGUCAAAAGCCGUAUACGUGCGAGAUUUGCGGGAUGGCUUUCUCGCAGCGAACACCAAUGCGUUUACACGUGCGGCGACAUUUGGAUCAGAGACCGUUCGUUUGCGUGAUCGACAGCUGUGGACAGAGAUUUGUCUCGGGAGCGAUUCUGAACAAUCAUCAGAAAGAGAAACACUUUGGACAAAUGCGUCGCUACUUUUGCAUGAAAGGAUGUGGUGCGACUUUUGGCACCUCUCAAAAACGACAUCAGCACGAGACGGUGUGCACAUUUGUGGCCAUUUCGACAGAGCUCAUCAAUCAGCAACAAUACGAAGAGAAUUUGCUAGAAGAAAAUGGGGAUGAGGAAGAGGUACCUUUUCUUGGUGAUGGAACUGAUGAGAUUUCUCGCGAUCACUUCAACGAGCAACAAUUUGUU